CCCCUCCCCCCAUCCCUCGGGUCCAGGGAUGGGGGGGCGGUGAGGCAGGCACAGCCCCCCGCCCCCAUGGCCGCCCGUCGGAGCCAGAGGCGGAGGGGGCGCCGGGGGGAGCCUGGCACCGCCCUGCUGGCCCCACUCGUGCUGGGCCUGGGCCUGGCGCUGGCCUGCCUUGGCCUCCUGCUGGCUAUGGUCAGCCUGGGGAGCCGGGCAUCGCUCUCAGGCCAGCAGGAGCCUUCCCAGGAGGAGCUGGUGGCUGAGGAAGAUCUGGAGCCCCCGGAACUGAAUUCCCAGACAGACACAAGCCAGGAUGUCAUGCCUUUCCUGAAACGUCUCGUCCGGCCCCGCCGAAGUGCCCCUAAAGGCCGGAAAAUUCGGGCUCGCAGAGUGAUUGCAGCCCACUACGAAGUUCAUCCACAACCGGGACAAGAUGGAGCACAGGCGGGUGUGGAUGGGAUAGUGAGUGGCUGGGAAGAAGCCAAAAUCAACAGCUCCAGCCCUCUACGCUACAACCGCCAGAAUGGGGAAUUUACAGUUACCAGGGCUGGGCUCUACUACCUGUACUGUCAGGUGCACUUUGAUGAGGGGAAGGCUGUCUACCUGAAGCUGGACUUGCUGGUGGAUGAUGUGCUGACCCUUCGAUGCCUGGAGGAGUUCUCAGCCACCGCAGCCAGUUCCCCGGGGCCCCAGCUGCGCCUCUGCCAGGUGUCUGGGCUGUUGCCUUUGAGGCUAGGAUCCUCCCUGCGGAUCCGCACUCUUCCCUGGGCCCAUCUCAAGGCUGCCCCAUUCCUCACCUAUUUUGGACUUUUCCAAGUUCACUGAGGAGCCCUGGUUUCC